AUGAAGAGGUCACCGGCAUUCUCUCUCUUCUCCAAAACCCUCUGCUUCAUCUAUCGCCCUCGUCCCGCCGAUGCUCUACUUUCCUCCUCCUCCUCUUACUCCGUCGCCGCUACCGGAAGCGGAGCUCUUCAGCCCAGCUUCAUGGCCGAAUACCUCGUCAAGUCAUGUGGCGUCUCCCCGGAGAAGGCGGCCAAGGCCUCGAAUCUCCUCGGCGGCAUCGCGUCCCGCCGGCAGCCCGACUCCGUCCUUGGAUUUUUCAAAAGCCACGGUUUUGACGACACCCAUGUGAAAAAGUUGCUGUCUUGGAACCCCCGAUGGCUUCUCCUCGACGUGGAGAAGACCCUGGCCACCAAGUUCCGAACUCUCCAGGAGUUAGGCUUCUCACAGUCCGACAUCACCCACCUCGUCGUGGCCAAUCCCUCCGUAAUCAACUAUCGCGUCCGCACCGUGGUGCACAAGAUCCGGUUUUGGCAUGGACUCAUCGGAUCCAACGACCUACUCAUAAAGGUCUUUAAGCGCCGCCAGUGGAUUCUCGGGUAUAGCAUCGAGAAGAGGAUCCAGCCAAACGUCGAGAUGCUACGGAGCUGUGGAUUCACGGAUCAAAAGCUUAGAACGAUCCUGAGGUCCCAGCCCACGUUGGUAACCCAGAGGGCGGAAACCUUGAGGGCCUUGAUCAGUCGUGUCGAGGGAUUCGGAGUAGCCCGCACCUCGGGGAGGUUCCACCGGGCUCUGUGGAUGCUCUCCAAUGUUAGCGUGGAGAGAUUCAAUGCGCAAAAGAUGCUAUUCGGGGUCUUCGGGUGGUCAGAGGCCGACUUCCUCGACGCAUUCAGAAAGAAGCCUGGUUUCUUGACAUGUUCCCUGAAGAAUCUGAAGAUGAAAAUGGAAUUCUUGGUGAAUGAGGCUGGAUAUGCUCCGUCUUAUAUAGGUCAGAGGCCUGUGCUUUUGACAUAUAGUUUAGAGAAAAGGUUGAUCCCAAGAUAUCAGCUCAUGGCAGCCCUGAAGUCCAGGGGGCUGUGCGCUGGUCAUCCCAAAUCGCUCACAUAUAUCCUGUGUCCAGAGAAGAAGUUCUUGGAGAGGUAUGUCAUCAUCUACAAGAAGCAGUUUCCGGAGCUCAUUGAAUCGUACAGUGCGAGCAAAUAG